GUGGUUGAAGGAAGAAGCAGAAUCCAAGAGAUGCGCGGAUACGGGGUUAAUCGCUUUAUUAGCGUGCUUUAAAAUUUAUAUAUUCCAUGUAUCAUAUGAUCAAAUGUUAGACUGAAAAUAUUUUAAAAUACGAAAGACACCCGAAAACAUGUCAGUCAUCCAUCUCUGCUCCCUCCCCAGCCGCAUCACUUCCGCACAAGCUGUUGGGGACAGUGGCUCCGGAGGCCGCACAGCAAAGGAAUGUCAACCAGGAGGGAGGGACCAAGAACCGGGACUGUGUUAUUUUCUUUUUGGUGUCGGCGUGGGGUGUGGCAGUGGUGGAAAUGCCAUCCAGUGUAUCUAUGUGCCACAUGGAACUACUCGGUUUAAUUUUAGAGUCAUCCUGCCCGCUGACAGCGGGAUGGGUGUCCAGGCCUCCGGGGCCUGUCCCUGUCCCCUACACGCGAACUGCCCCUUUGUGAGGGUGCCAGGCCCGGCGCCGCCCCUUCCGUCCUUCGGGCAGGUCUGACUCUGUGUCACGGUCCGGGCUCACGCGCUUGCGUCAAUUCUGCCAGGAGGAUCCCCCCGCUGUUACCCGCCCCCCGCCCCCCGGCCCCGCGUCCCAGCCUCAGAGCCGCUGGGAGCUUUCCCUCCCGCCCAGAGCCGGGAAGGGGCGUGGACAGCGCGCAGCACCCGGGCCCCGCCCUCCCCGCCGAGCUCCGCCUCCCGCGGUGGCUCCGCCUUCCCCAUCGCCCUAGGGCGCCCCGCGGCUCCUCCCAAAACCCGGAGAAGUGGACCCUGCGUCCCUUCCAGCCACGACGAUAGAAGGAUGUUUGUUCCAAGAUCUCUCAAACUCAGGAGGGGUGCUCAUGAUGAUGGCAGAAGUUGUUCAGCUAAGAGAAUGAAACCAGAAGCAGGAGACGGCCCGCUGGACGAAGGCAGCAGUGAUCCGGGGGACCCCGUCGUUACAGAAGGGGCCCCAGAAGCGGACGGGCCCGGCGCGGAACCACGCUCCUGCCCCUGCCCCAGUCCAGAGGGCCAGGUGGCCAAGGUCUGUGUGGUGGGACCUGAGCAGAGUGCCGAGGAUGGCAACCUCUCUGAAGAGCCUGUUAAGUCCUUUUCUAAAUCACAGCGCUGGGCAGAGCCUGGGGAGCCUGUGUGUGUUGUCUGCGGCCGUUACGGAGAAUACAUCUGUGAUAAGACAGAUGAAGAUGUGUGUAGCUUGGAGUGCAAAGCGAAACACCUUCUGCAGGUUAAGGAAAAGGAAGAGACAUUGGGGCGCAGCUGUCCGCAGGAAGCUGGCUCUCAGCCCGAGGCCCCGUUUGAGGCUCGCUAUGUGUACAAAGAGCACCCAUUCAUCUCAAGCCUUCAGGAAGAGCAGGUGGAGAAUCUUAAACAGCAGCUAGGUAUUUCAGUUCAAGGGCAAGGUGUCCCCAGGCCUAUUAUUGACUUCGAGCAUUGUGCUUUUCCUGAGGCCUUAACCGUCAACCUGAAGGAGAGCGGCUAUGAAGUCCCAACCCCCAUCCAAAUGCAGAUGACCCCCGUGGGUCUCCUGGGACGGGACAUUCUGGCCAGUGCCGACACCGGCUCCGGAAAGACGGCUGCCUUUCUCCUUCCUGUUAUCAUCCGAGCUUUAUUCGAGAGCACAGCUCCAUCUGCAGUCAUUCUGACCCCAACGAGAGAGCUAGCCAUCCAGAUAGAGAGCCAAGCCAAAGAGCUGAUGAGAGGUCUGCCACGCAUGAAAACGGUGCUUCUGGUGGGGGGUUUACCCUUGCCCCCCCAGCUGCACCGUUUGCGGCAGCACGUGAAGGUUAUCAUAGCAACUCCUGGGAGACUGCUGGAUAUCCUAAAACAGAGCUCUGUAGAACUCUGCAGUGUGAAAAUCGUAGUAGUCGAUGAAGCUGACACCAUGCUAAAGAUGGGCUUCCAGCAGCAGGUGCUUGACAUUUUGGAGAACGUUCCUAAUGACUGUCAGACCGUUUUGGUUUCAGCUACAAUCCCAGCCAGCAUCGAACAGCUGGCUGCCCGGCUUCUGCAAGACCCUGUGAGAAUCACGGCCGGAGGAAAGAACCUGCCUUGCUCCAGCGUGCGGCAGAUUAUUUUGUGGGUCGAAGAACCCGCCAAAAAGAAAAAACUGUUUGAAAUCUUAAAUGAUAAGAAGCUCUUUCAGCCUCCUGUGCUAGUAUUUGUGGACUGCAGACUGGGAGCAGACCUGCUGAGUGAGGCAGUUCAGAAAAUCACAGGCCUGAAAAGCAUAUCUAUGCAUUCUGAGAAGUCUCAAAUUGAAAGGAAAAACAUACUGCAGGGGCUGCUUGACGGAGAGUACGAGGUGGUGGUGAGCACGGGCGUCCUGGGUCGGGGCCUGGACCUGAUCAGCGUCAAACUGGUGGUGAAUUUCGACAUGCCUUCGAGCAUGGAUGAGUACGUGCACCAGGUUGGCCGAGUGGGGAGAUUAGGUCAAACCGGAACAGCCAUCACCUUCAUCAAUAACAACUCGAAGCGACUCUUCUGGGAUGUCGCAAAAAGGGUGAAGCCCACAGGCUCCAUCCUCCCGCCGCAGUUGCUGAAUUCGCCUUACCUCCAUGACCAGAAGAGGAAGGAACAGCAGAGGGACAAACAGACACACAGCGCUCUGGUCACAAGCGACAAUCUUAUGGACAUUAUUAGGAAACACGAUAAAAGCAAUUCUCAAAAGUGAUUCGCUAGGCCACUUGGAAUACGUUUUCAUUGUGUACUGUCAGUGAAAUCUCUGUAUAUUUUCACAUGUCGUUUGAUAAAUGGGACAUGUACAUGAAAUAAAAUUUAAAAUAGCCUUAAAAUUUUUUAAUGGACUAUCAAAUUUAUACAACAGUAUCAUAUUUAUUUUUCUCUUAAAUUCUCAUAAAAACAACAUAGAAAAUG